AUGUGGCCGAAGGAGAGCAUCUCGCUGCUCGCGCCGCGAGCUGCUUUGCUUUGCGAGGGCACCUCGUUUAAGAAAGUGUCCAAGCUGCCAGCCGAAAAGCUGAAAAGCAACGACGAGAGUGGGGUUCAGCUCUUAGUCGCGACUCUGGGUGGAUCCUGGGGGCGCUCCGAGGUGGAGCGCAAGUAUGAUGUUUUCGAGAAGGCCAUCUUCGGGACUAUUCAGAAGUCGGACGAGUCAAACGACAGCUAUUUGGCCAGGCAUGACGUGCACUUUGAGGAGCUCUUGGCGCAAAGCGUAUCGCUCGAGGAGGUCAGGGCGUAUGUCCUUUUGAGGCAAUCGGCCUCGUCGGCCGAGGACAGGAAGAAGAUUGUUGUGGAGAUGGGCGGAACGCUGAAGUAUGAUAAGGUCAGCUCAGCCAUUCGUUUGUUGGGAUCAAGAUUCUUUUCGGAUUUGCAAGGCCAGCGAGGCGCGUUCCGGAACAAGACUUACGAUGCCAACAUGGUUGACGAGAAGGGCAUUGAUGAUACUGACCGGGUGUAUCAUACAGCGGCCGCUCUCCCGACAGGAGAGGAUUAUGAACCAGAGCUUGAGCCCGAGUACCUCGAGGCUCUGAUUGCGGCGGAGGACCAGGACGCCCUCACCAUCAGCAGCUUCGAGGACGAGCUGGAGACCUUCUUCCAGGACACUCCGGAGCUUCAGGAGGCUUUGGUGAGUUACCUGGAGGCCAGAUCGAGACUUUUGUCAAAGCGGAAGGUCCGAGGUUUCUGGCCGGUGAGCGGUGCUAAAGGUGCCAAAGCUGCUGGAAAAGGGGGCAAAGGUCAGGUGCCUGAGGGCGGUGAGGAUGAGGUCCUCACGCGACUUCCCGAGGAAGCCAUCUCUCUUGCCGAGGCCUUCAGUGUUGCAUUGCAAGGUGCGACCGCCGUAGAAGCAAUCCUGGACACGGGUGCAAGCCGUUGUGUCAUGGGACAAGCUCUUUUGGAUAGGACCGUAGAUCGCCAGAUUUUGUGGCUUGGAGUGGAGAUUGUCCCGGGUAGCACUCCUCUGCUAUUCUCUAAGCGGGCAAUAAAGCAGCUAGGCGCGACCGGCCUUUACAUGCUGGACCUUGCCGGUUUGAGUGAAGAAAGCUGCCAGGUGCAGAAUUCAGCCUUUACCCGAUUCCGUAAAUACCCGGAGUCCGAUAAUGUUCAGUCGUUCUCACGCCUAAAAGACGAGACAGUUUCCUACACUCUGGAGCAGGCUCGGACCAUCCCGCUCCCCGAGCUGGGACGCGUCACCAUUUCCUUCGGAAAGCAACAGAAGGGCCGCACCUUUCAGGAUGUGGUGGUGAACGAAGAGUCGUGGGUGAGAUGGUGCUGCGACCACCUGGGUACCAGCAGCAAGCAUGCUCACAAGAUCUUUCUGGUGUAUGUGGAGCGUCAUGUCCAAGAGGCCGAAGCUCUGGAAGAAGAGCUACUGCAGACGACGGAGACCGAGCCACCGGCCUCUCGAAGCCAGCAUGCCAAGAGCAAAGCGGCUCCCCGCACCAUGGUCGCGUCCGGUUCCCGGCCAACCGAGGAUCACUGGGACAUGAUUCCCGACGAGGAGACCUCUCUCCGAGUCGAUGCCCAGGUCAACGACCUGCGGAUUCAUGUGAAUUUGGGUCACCCUCCACCGGGCACACUUGCCCGACAUCUUCAAGCUGCCAACGCCGAUCCCCGCCUGAUUGUUCGAGAGUUCAACGACCUUGUUGGUGUAGAUGGCCGCCGAGCUGCAUCCCGACAUGCGACGGACGCCAUUCAAGCCAUCAAUGAUUUCUGGAUAAGUUGGGCUGGACCUCCUAAGCAGGUGUAUCUGGAUCCAGCGGGGGAGUUUCGUUCUGAGGAAGUGCUAGAGUACUUUCAGGGAGUCAAUGUAAAGACGCAUGUCACAGCUGCAGCGUGGCAACGAGGGCGAUUGGAAAGACACGGGGAUAUCCUGAAAGACACACUUGAGCGUUUGGAUAUCAGUCAUCCCAUCGUCAACGAUGCGAGUUUUGAUAGAGCUCUUCUUCAAAGUAUCCUUGCGAAAAACGCCCUGGUGCGACAUGAGGGCUAUUCCCCUGAGCAGAUCGUUUUCGGAAAAGCCUUAAGGGUGCCAGGAAGUUUAACAUCUGAUGAUGAUCUGACGUCACACGCACUGGCGGAAGGGGAUGAUUUAGAAGCUGAGCGCCAUCGGCAAAGACUGGACCUUCGUUGUCUCGCCAGAAAGGCUUUCCUGGAGGCAGAUAAUUCGCAGACGAUCCGCCGGGCCGCGCUUCGAAGGAGCACACCGUUACGUGGGCCUUUCAAUCCCGGAAUGUGGGUCCUGUAUUGGACCAAAAAGAGCUCCCCUAAUCGUCUUGCUGCCGGACGCUGGCAUGGGCCAGCAAAGGUGAUAUGUGCGGAAGGUAAAUCCAUUGUUUGGGUAGCCCACGGCACCACCAUCAUCAGGAGUGCUCCCGAGAACUUGAGACCAGCGUCUCUUCGUGAGUGGCAGAGCCUCACGGACUCGCAGCUGGAUCAGCCGUGGAGGCACACAGGAGGAGCAAGCUCCUUUUUGGACUUGACCGGAGUCCCUGGGGACUCACCUACACCCGAGAAUCAGCAUGGUGCUGGAGCUCCCUUGUCAGCCUCUGAGAUUCUUCCAAUGCCGGUAUCAUCAACCGCACCACCUAAUAAUGAUCCUGCACCUCCUGUGUCAGAAGAGAUUGGCCAGCCAGAACAGGAGCUGACUCCCCAGGUGAGCCAGGAGAGUCCCGAAGUUGAGCGCGACAAUGUUGCAGCUCCUUCUGCCAGUUCUGUGAUCCCGGAAAUCACGAGCCCAGGUCCUUCUGUAAGUAAUCCUCCCGACCCUCAAAGCAUUCCUGUACCCGGGUCCGAUGAGGGUUUAUGUGUUGAAUCAACUUUUCUUGCCAGUGAAAUGACAGGGCUCGGUGAUGAUGAUGGGAGUGAGCUGUUGAAUAUCGCCACGCUGGAAGGUGACAGCGAGGCUUGCGGACCGCCUCUUGCCGAGGAUAACCUACCGUACGUGCCCCAACCUCUGUUGAACACAGCCGAGCGUGCGUACUGUCUCGAAGUUCCUCUUAAGCCCAAGGAGGUUAAGCGGUGGAAGAGGGAAGAGUCAGCGAGCCACCUGAUCGCGGUUGCUGCGGCCAUGAAGCGGGCUCGCUCUGAAGUCUGCCUGAAGGAUUUGUCGGCCAAAGAACUCGAGCUGUUUGACUUAGCCAAACAAAAAGAAAUCAACUGCUGGGUCCAAACGUCGGCCAUCCGUGGCAUUCUUCGUCGCAAGUUGAAUCCGGAACAGAUCCUUAAGUCUAGAUGGAUUUUGACAUGGAAACCGCCUGAGGAAGGCGAGACACAGCAGAGAGCAAAGGCACGUUUGGUGGUGUUAGGGUUUCAGGACCCCAAACUGACUGAGGUCUCUAGAGAUGCCCCAACCUUGUCAAAAGAAGGCAGAGCUGUUGUUCUCCAGACGAUCGCUUCCCGGCGCUUCCAGCUGAGCUCCUUCGACAUCAAGACGGCUUUCUUGCGGGGCAAAGCAGACGCUACUAAUCCACUAGCAAUGGAGCCCCCGAAGGAGCUUCGUAAGGCUUUAAGUUUAAGAGAUGACGAAGUUUGUGAGCUCCUGGGAAAUGCCUACGGCCGUGUGGAUGCCCCUCUUCUGUUCUACAAAGAGCUCAGUAAGCAGCUGUUUUCUUUAGGAAUGCAUGUGGAUGAUGGAGUCGGAGGUGGUGAUGAGGUUUUCCGAAAGAAGAUUGAUGAGCUUCAGAAGACUUUACCUUUCGGCAGUCGUAAGUUUGACAGCUUCACGUUCACCGGCGCGCUGAUUUGCGCGACGGAUGAAAAGCUGAGCCUCAACCAGGAAGCGCCG